AUGGGUUCUUCUCCAGAAUGUUGUUCGGCGGGUUCUAGUCCAGCUCAUCCUCUACCACUUUGUUUGGGUUCUUGUACUCCUCAUCAUCAAACAGUUGUGCAAGCUCAAAGAUCUCCACCCAGUCCUUUUCUACUUGGACACCUUCCCGUGAACAAAGGCAAAAUACUCGGUUUGUCCUGCGUCGUAUGCGGUGACACAAGUUCUGGAAAACACUAUGGAAUUCUUGCAUGUAACGGAUGCAGCGGUUUUUUCAAAAGAAGCGUCAGACGUAAAUUAAUUUACAGGUGUCAAGCAGGUACAGGUAGAUGCGUUGUAGACAAAGCACAUAGAAAUCAAUGUCAAGCAUGCAGAUUGAAAAAAUGUUUACAAAUGGGUAUGAAUAAAGAUGCUGUUCAGAACGAAAGACAACCAAGGAAUACUGCUACUAUAAGGCCGGAAGCUUUAGUUGAAAUGGACCAAGAAAGAGCUUUAAGGGAAGCUGCAGUAGCAGUUGGCGUAUUUGGUGUACAUAUUUUUUUAUUGAAAGGAAGUCAAAGCACCAAAGAUAAAUCCAUCAACCGUGAUAAAUCAAACCAUAUUUCCAUUAGUGGUCGAUCAGUACCUCCUGUCAGUUUGGCUGUCGGAUUUUCACCAGUUCGGUAUCCUCAGUCUUUAACUUCUCCUUCUGAAGUGAAUUCUUCCAAACAAGAAGCAGAUGAAGAAGACAGCAUUGAUGUGACAAAUGAAGAAAGUUUACCUCCUACUCCUACUUCUCGAACACUGCCCUGUACUAUAUCCACUCCUACAACACAUUUACCUCCUCCACCUUUAUACACAACAACGCAAGAAACAAUUUAUGAAACUUCUGCUAGAUUACUUUUUAUGGCAGUAAAAUGGGCAAAAAAUUUACCAUCUUUUGCAAGUUUACCCUUUCGUGAUCAGGUUAUUCUUCUUGAAGAAUGUUGGUCAGAAUUGUUUUUACUCAAUGCCAUACAAUGGUGUCUCCCGGUAGAAUCAAGCCCUUUGUUUUCAGUAAACGAACAUGCUGCAACUGUUCCAAAUGGAAAAUCUAGUCAAACGGCCGCAGAUAUAAGAGUUUUAAAUGAUAUGCUUUUGCGUUAUAAAGCAGUUGGGGUUGAUCCUGCAGAGUUUGCUUGUCUCAAAGCCAUUGUGCUUUUUAAAUCCGAAACUCGAGGUUUGAAAGAUCCACUUCAAGUGGAAAAUCUUCAAGAUCAAGCCCAAGUUAUGUUGGGUCAACAUGCAAGAGGUCAGCAUCCAACUCAACCUGCCAGAUUUGGGCGUCUGCUUUUAAUGAUUCCUCUUCUUAAACAUGUUCCUACUCAAAGGGUUGAACAUAUAUUUUUCCAAAGAACAAUAGGUAAUACACCAAUGGAAAAAGUUUUGUGUGACAUGUACAAAAACUGA